UCCGCUUCCAAUCUGGAGGCUGCUGAAACCGAAAGUGCUGGGCUAAGGAAUUGAGAUUGAUUCACCUUCAUCUGAGUAGUUUUAGCCCACCCAGGUGGGAAGCCUGGAGAGCACUAAAACAUGAACGGAAGAGUGGAUUAUUUGGUCACUGAGGAAGAGAUCAAUCUUACCAGAGGACCCUCAGGGCUGGGCUUCAACAUCGUCGGUGGGACAGAUCAGCAGUAUGUCUCCAACGACAGUGGCAUCUACGUCAGCCGUAUCAAAGAGAAUGGGGCUGCGGCCCUGGAUGGGCGGCUCCAGGAGGGUGAUAAGAUCCUCUCGGUGAAUGGCCAAGACCUAAAGAAUCUGCUGCACCAGGAUGCUGUAAACCUCUUCCGUAAUGCAGGCUAUGCCGUGUCUCUGCGAGUACAGCACAGGUUACAGGUGCAGAAUGGGCCUGUAGGACACCGAGGUGAAGGGGAGCCAAGUGGCAUUCCCAUAGCCAUGGUGCUGGUGCCGGCAUUUGCCCUCUUCGCAGUCGCAGCCUGGGCCUUCAUGAGAUAUCGACAACAGCUUUGAUAAGCUUUCUUUCCUCCAGUGCCCCCAGUGAAGAUACAUUUCUCUCUUUCAUGCUCCUCCCCUGCUAUCUUUCCCUCUUUCUACAUAGCCAACACAUGAUUUAAAGUGACUGACACCCACCCAGAACCUUGCUGUUCAAAAUCUGCUCCCAACCCUCAUAUUCUAAUGGGAGAGUAAAGGUAUUAUUUGAAGGAAAGCUGAAGAAAAGACUUGUUUAGAACAAAUGAGGAGUUUUAUAUAUAUUACUAGGUCCAUCAGUGGAAGUUCAGCUACCACCCAAAGAGGGAAAGGCCGAGUCUUCCUAUCACCACAGGCACUAUCUUUUUCCUUAGCUGGCAUGCCUCAAAGCCUAGCUGCAUGCGACUGAGAGGAAGAGAGGGUUUUUCUCUUAGUGAUUCUUUGGCAAGUCGUUGUGGCCUUUAUUUAAUUUCUUUCUAAUUCCACACCUGUGUGCCUAUAUUGAACAAAGAACAAUGAGGGGAACGUUUUCACUUUUUUUUUUUAUACAUAUGUAUAUAUAUAUAUAUAUAUAUAUAUAUAUACACACACACACACAUAUAUAUAUGAGAGUUUAAUAGGGUGCUUUAUGUAAAUUACAGUUGAGACAACUACUCUGGUUUCUAGGUUUCUUACCUAAGGGACGAUCUUAACUGCAGAAUUUGAAGAGACAUUUUAGAACAUAUAUAAUGGGAGUGAACCUUUAAAGAGGAUCCCCAAUUUGAGUCAUUAAAAACAAAAACUGAAGGAACUAAUCAAAAAUUUUGCUGGAACAAUAUUUCUUUUCACAAUAUCUAUGAUGAAGUUGAAGUAAAUUGGCGUAAUCCAGCUCUGCACAAGGCAAUCUGUUCAAAAAACUUUGAGCUAUAAAGAUAAACUUUACUAAUCUCCCGGCUACCCUAGUGGCUUUGGUACCUCACAGUCCUAGUAAAGGAUCAUCUGAGAUGAUUGUGGUCAGAGCUAUGGCAAUGGCACCAAACCCAUUCAGGGAAAAAACUCUAAAGGGAAAAAAAGAUAGUACCUCCAAGGUGGCCCCUCAACCCUCUAGGCUGUCUACCAGUCUUUUUGGUUUCUAGUAAUAGUCAAAACCUGAGAGAAGGGACUGUCUCCCUGGCAGGAUGGGCAUGAAAUCAGUCCCAUUUCUGGUUUUGGUUACAAUGAAAUGGCCUGGAUUGCUAGUUUCUUUUUUUUGAAAGGCUGUAACACUGGUUGUGCCUUUUAAUUAACAAACAGUUUUGCAGGGAAGGAGGAGGGAAAAGAGAGUUUUAUUUGUUUAGGGGAGUUGGGUGACUGUUUCUUGGGGAAAGCCUGGGAGAGGGAGAUAUGGAUGAAAGGAUACUAGGGAAUACCAGGUAUAUUAGUAAUUUUGGAACCAUUGUAUUCAUGUGGUACUUAAGGUUGGUAUUAAAGCACUAAUCAUAGCUAAACCAAGGCUCAUUUUCUGAAUUUGGGAAGAUCAUUUCCAUUCUCCAAGUAUACUGGUCAGACUGUGGACCUUAGGUAAUCUUGACAGAAAGAUUAUGAGAACUUUCCCUCAAGCAAUCAAUUGUAUCCAAUUUUUACUAUGAAGGAUUUGGUAAUUAUUUCAUAAAUGUGGAUUGGACAUCUGCCUUGUCAAGGCAUUUUUUUACAAAGAAGUAAAAUAUGUGGCCUCCAUCUUAAAGGGCUUUUUGGUUCCAAUUAGGAAGAGAAUAACUAUACAUAUAAAAAUGGAAUUAGCCAUAUAGGCAGUGCAGUGUAAGCUGGUGUCAAAUUUAUAUUGCAAACACUAAAAGUUUCUGAGAACUAGGGCAAUUGAAAAAGUUCCACGGAAGAGGGGGACAAAUUAAGGACCCUUGAGUAGCUCAUAGUCUAGUUAUGAGAAUUCUUAAAUAGGUGAGAAGUUAUAAGUGUAUCAUGGAGUUAAGUAACAGUUGAAAACAGUAAUAAAAGAAAUGUUACCAUCCAGAACAUGGUGCAACAACAAAAAUAUAUAGAUAACCAUCACAUUUUUUUAGGAAUUCAGAAAAAGAAAGCUGUCACAUGAUGGAAUCAAGCUAGAGUACAAAGGGAAGGCUAUUAAAAAUAAAAUUUCCAGUAGGACUUUACCUCUGGGUCAACCAUUGGGAGAGGGAGAAACUUGCUUUAAACAAUCCUUACAUAAAGUAUGCCUUUAGACCUACGCUGUUCAAUAGCUUUGAGGCUUACUUAGAUGACUACAUUUUCAUGUUCUAAAGAGAAACACAGUACCCCAGUUCUCGCCUCAACCAGCCCCACUGUGGACGCAUGACCUCUGGUGCCCUCCCCGUAUCUCAAGGCAUGUGCCGUGGCUUCUGGACGUGCUCACCUUCCAGGAUUCACCUCAGGGUUUGAACAUCCACACAAGAGGACCUGAAGUCAUACAGAAUCCCAAAGUAAAGCAAAUGGCAAACGGGAAGGAAAGCUGUGUAGGUUUUUUAUGUCGGUAUAUGUAAAUAAAAAGAACAUCUAUUCCAUCCCAUCUCUGGUAGAAGUUUUACUUUGGUUGAUGGUAGGAAUUCUGAUGCACUCUAAUAAUUUAGGUUUUCUCUGGAAUUAAAUAGCGUUUAAAGACCAAGUUCUAGGCAAGCAUUCUAUUCAAUUAUAUUCUUAUUUUUGAUUGUACGGAAAACUAAAGUUAUUACCGGAGAUGAGGUUUCAGAAUCCAUUAUAGGUUCUAAAAAAAAGUUCAUACUGUUUAUAGAUUAUAUCUAAUAUUCUUACCACCUAAAUUAUUAUGUUCACAGUUUUAAAAAUUGAAUGAAGGUAUUUUUAAGGUCUGUACUUAAAACAUUAUAUUUAUCAUUUUGUACUAUACACAUAAUCCUAAUAGGACAUUGUUUCAGUCUUCUCUAUUUUCCUCUCCUGCGACAUUGUAACUUCUUUGCUGUUAAAUUAGCUUAAUUAAUAGAAUCAUCUAGCCAUGUACAAUGGAAAAAAGGAAGUUAAUUUAUUUUUUUUUUUUUUGCUCUCUAUGCCAGGGGCUCUACUAUACCUUUAUUGGUACACUGUUUAUUUAUGGCUUGGAACUCUGAGAUCUAAGUAUUAUAAAUUGCUUUUCUAAGAUUAUGUAAGUAGUAAUAAUAACCAGUAUUUAAACUCAGUACGUCAGCUGGUUCUCAAAGUGUGGUCCUUGGACAAAAAUUAACUAGGAAUUUGUUAGAAAUGCAUAUCCCAGGGCUUCAUCCUGGACAUACUAAAUGGGAAACUCUGGUGCCCAGCAACUGGUGUUUUAAUAACCUCUCCAAAUGACUUUGAUUCAUGCUAAAAUUUGAGAACCACUGCUUUAUAGCAAUAGUUGUCCUUUUCUCCCCCACAUUAGAAUCUCCUGGAGAGCUUAGAAAAAUCCUGCUGCCUAAGCUAUACCACAGAACAAUUAAGUAGGAGUCUUGGUGUGGGACUUAGACAGCAGUAAAUUAAAUUCAUUAGGUGAUUCCAGUGUGAAGCCUCUGUUGAAAACUGCUACUCUACAGCAUUUAAACCCAGACACUAUUUAAAUUAUUAAAUCACAUACAGGCAUUUCUGCAGUCAAAAAUGAGAAUUUCACUUCGACCUUUUUUGAGCCCAGCACUCUGUAUGCUUCUGCCCAAGUAUAGAUGUGGAGUAAGAAGUAGAGCACUAUUUAGCUCCACAUUUACUAAGGACUGACCAACCUCCAGCAAAAUGUAUGACUAGUGUGCAUUUCAGUUUGUAUAUGUAUUAAAUUAGAACCAAAUCAUGGAAUGUUGAACCUAAAAGGGAGCCAGAAAAAUUCUAAGAUGAAAUUUGUCUUAGAGAUGAGAAAACCAAGGGUCAGAAACUUAACCAAGACCAAAGAUUUAGUCUGUUGCAAAGAUGCCUUUUUUGUCUUGUAUUUGUGUCUUAAAUGUGUCUACUAUAUGAAUAUAUAUAGAUAAAUUAUCCUUUUUAUCUCAGUCCUCUACCAUUUUCUGCCUGGCUCUUUAAUAAAGACUGGGAGAAUGGAUUGACAGCAGAAGCCAAUCACAAACAUCAUUAUUGGAAUUGGGAGCUUCUACAGAAUAAUCUGCCAUGACUCAUCUGUCAGUUUGUCGUACUGUGGUGGCUUAUGUGCUGCUGUGAUGCUGGAAGCUAUGCUACUGGUAUUUCAAAUACCAUUAGGGUCACCCAUGGUAGACAGAUUACAACAGAGCUUUCAGACUAAGACAGAGUGGGAAGAAGGACCUGGAGGUAUCCUUCUGAAAAAAAAUUGGCCAGUGAAGAUCUUAUGGAUAGCAGCAGAAUAUCAUCUGAUAUAAUGCUGGAAAAUGAGCCUCUCAGGUUGGAAGACACUUAAAAUACAACUGGGGAAGAGCUGCUGCCUCAAAAUAGAGUUGACCUUAAUGAUAAUGGAUGGCAUAAAACUUUCGGGACCUACAUUUGGUGAUGUGGCACGAUUUAAAAUGAGAAGAAACAGCUGCAAAUAUCCACUAGUAAUCAGAAUGUGAAAUGUACAAAGUUUGAAUCAAGGAUAAUUAGCAGUUGUCAGAAAUGAAAUGGAACACAUAAAGGUCGAUAUACUAGGCAUUGGUGAGCUGAAAUGGACUGGUAUUGGCCAUUUUGAAUCAGACAGUCAUAUAAUCUGUUAUGCUGGGAAUGACAAAUUGAAGAGGAAUGGCAUCACAUUCAUCAUCAAAAAGAACACUUCAAGAUCUAUCCUGAAGUACAGCACUGUCAGUGAUAGGAUAAUAUCCAUACGUUUACAAGAGAGACCAAUUAACACAACUACUCAAAUUUACACUACCAAAAAAAAAAACCAAACCCACUGCUGUCGAGUCAAUUC